GGGAGGAGCCGGCAGGUGGCCAGGCUCACCGUGCACCGCAGAGGCGCAGGCCCUCUUAGGCGGGCUCUGGCACUCCUGCCAGCCGGGCUGCUUUGCGCAGGCGCGGCCGCAGCGCGACGUCCCUCACUUACGGCCGAAGCGGUUCGCGCUGGGAGUCGGUGGCGCCGUGCAGGGCACUUAGGAACCGACAGCAUUGGCGCGGACUGGUAUCCGGUUGACUGCGGUUUGCAGGGUCCGCCAUGGAGUCAGAGCAGAUGCUGGAGGGACAGACGCAGGUUGCAGAAAACCCUCACUCCGAGUACGGUCUUACGGACAACGUUGAGAGGAUAGUCGAAAAUGAGAAGAUUAAUGCAGAAAAGUCAUCAAAACAGAAGGUGGAUCUACAGUCUUUGCCAACCCGUGCCUACCUGGACCAGACAGUCGUGCCUAUCUUAUUACAGGGUCUUGCUGUGCUUGCAAAGGAAAGACCGCCAAAUCCCAUCGAGUUUCUAGCAUCUUAUCUUUUAAAAAAUAAGGCACAGUUUGAAGACCGAAAUUGAUUACUUGGGAAGAAAAGAAACAUUUGGUUGCUACUGUAGAUUUACAUGAUUACGAGGCAGCUUUAAUUGCCAUGAUUCCCCUCCCCACUCUGGAACCUUCCGGACCACAGAACUCACUUCUGGAGUUGCAGAAGAGAACAUAUCCUCUGUCUGAUUUAAUCACCAUACUUAUUUAAUGAGUAUCAUCUGUGCAAUUUUUUUCUCAGAUGGUCUUUUACUUUGUUUUUAAAAGACCUUCAAAAUAAACUGUUAAAACACCA